CGCCAUCAGCCACGCACCAGCAAUCUCCAGAAGUACCCGUUGCGGGUGCCAACGAAGAAUCGCCACUUUACGUGAACGCGAAACAGUUCCACCGAAUACUGAAGCGACGCAUGGCACGACAAAAGCUAGAAGAGGCGCUCCGACUGACCUCAAAAGGUCGCAAGCCUUAUCUCCACGAGUCACGCCAUAACCAUGCGAUGCGCAGGCCGAGAGGGCCUGGAGGACGUUUCCUAACCGCAGAAGAGGUGGCGCAGAUGGAAGCUAGGGAAGGCAAUCUUGGUGGCGCCACCGACGCAAAAGACAACAUGAGCAGCAGCGGCGCUAAGAACGAUACCCCAACCAAGAAAACCAAGUUGGAUGAGGAUGAGGACGAGGAUGAGAAUGAAGAUGGAUGAGCUACCAUCCAAUUCGUGCUUCGAUUCGUGUUAGGCCAGUUGUCGCGACGAACGUGGAAGACGAUACUCGCAAAUAUGAGCAUCGCAUAGACUUGCGGCUUGGGAUUUUUUCUUUUGUAUGCAUCUGGACAGAUGGCCAACGGAACAGACAGGGAGGAAGACUGGAAUUCGGAAUACCCUCGCGCAAGUGAUCAUUUUGUGUUGAUGAUGUUACGCAGCGUCACUGGAUCAGUCUGAAUGUUUCAUCGAAUAGGCAGGAAGGUGGAGGAGUAUCAUGCUCGCGCAACAGGCGUUUACGGGAAGGAGUAUACCCCUGUGCAUCACAAAGUCGAUUUCUCCGUCUGAACAAAGACGAAUUUUGCAGGUGUAUCAGUGCCAUCGAUAUAGGAGAACAGAAUGAACGGGCUCUUGAGUUUGACUGUGUCAUGCUCGGAAAGAAG